UUAGUGACUAUCAGUGGAAGGCUUCGUCCGGCGCCAUGGCAGACAUGGGACUUGUGAUACAUCUGCUGUGUCUCCUGUGGUCUGCUCCUGCCAUUCUCUGUGGAACUCUCACAUUGACCAGCUCUGGACAGUAUGCCGUCUUAGGGAGUGAGUUCAGUUUUACCUGCACGGUUGUCGAUGGCUAUGUCUCGGGGUUAAUUCACUUCAUGAGAGGAGAUGACAAGUCAUUUCAAACUGUCUGCAGAGUAGACGUGAAGACCGGGAAUAAAGCAUCGGGGGCCAAGGAGUUCCUAUGUUCAGCUGUAGACGGACAAGCACAUACUUACUCUCUGACCAUCAGGAAUGUUUCUCGGAAUGAUUUCACUGUUUGGCAGUGUCUGGGAGGAGGUAUGAUCAGCAACAAUGUUACUUUGGAUGUGAAAUAUCCCCCUACAGUUGCUAUAGACGCCGUGAGUCCAUGUUCCGGGUUUACUUUCCUGGUCAACGAAGCCAAUGUGACUCUCAACUGUUCUGUCAAGGGAGCUAACCCUGCACCAACCACCUUCACUUGGUACCACGGAGAUGUCACCCUGCAGAACGGGUCCAAUCCGAUCUACACCCUCGGUCGUGUGACUAGAUCCAGUAGGGGUCGGUACAGAUGUACGGCAGAUAAUGGCAUAUCUCCACCAGGACUGGCUAAUGUGACAGUCGACGUCCACUAUCCACCAAGCUUGCACAUUGCUGAUACCAAGAGAGUGGUCAAUGAAUCAGGAGAUUUGACUGUCCAAUGUACAGCAGAAGCAAACCCGGAAGUGACGUCAGUAGUGUGGACAAAGGAAGGUGCUGGAAGGAUCUCUGACAGUGGGACUCUUCAUCUAAGGAACAUACAGAAGAGUGCUGCAGGGGUAUAUGUCUGUAGAGCCACCAACGUCGUCACAUCCUGCCCGGGAAGACGACAGACAAAACAACUCAUCUGUAACUGUUACACUGGAGGUGCAAUAUGCGCCUCGAGUAGAACGUUUUGGUUUCACAUCUGGGGCCGGAAACGCGACGGUCAGUGAACACGACAACGUGACACUGCAGUGUAACGUCACAAGUAACCCGGCUUCAUCCAUUGAGAUCAACAACACGGCGUCCAGUAUAGGAAGUAGCAGGACCAGCAACCGUGACCGUCAGACUCUCACCACGAUGCUGCUAAGUGUGUCCUGCCUGGAAGGAGGAAAUUACACCUGCGCUGCUAGGAACUUGAUCGGAGAAGCUUCACAGACUAUCCCAUUACAUGUCAGGUGUGUUCCAAGACGAUAUUCAUUUUCAUCUGAAACACUGGUGUUCACGUCGGGUCUGCACGAAAAUGUCACUCUUAGUUUGACAGUCAUAGCCUUCCCGCAGCCAACCUUCACAUGGCGGAGAAGGUCAAAUACAAGACCAAUCAGUACUACUGCGGUCACCACUGAGGGUGUCCUUGUAACAGGAAGUGUGACCAUAUUUGAUGUCAAAGAAGAGGACUAUAUUAAUUACACUGUCAGCGUGACCAAUACAGAAGGCUACCUGGAUCUGGAGAUACCUCUGGUUUCUAAAUCCCGGCCGCACCUACCAAGCAAUCUGAAGGCAGUAAACAUCAGUCCCCGUUCAGUCACCCUGACAUGGGAGAAAGGUUUCAACGGUGGCGCCAAACAAAUGUUCAACAUACAAUACAGACAACCUGGCGGACAGUGGACCACCCAUCCAACAAGGCCAACCGAGGACGACACCCUCCAGCUGGACAUUGAUGACCUCGAACCCGGAACAUUCUACGAAAUUCGGAUUAAUGCUAAGAAUGAAUACGGCACCAGCAUCUACACCUCCGCCAUUGUAACCACGGAUACAGGUACAUUCCUUCAUAUAGACAUU